AAUGGUCUGUCGCAAGGUCACGCUCGUUCAGCAGGGUGUUGAAGCUGAAACGCAUGAGCAGUCGGCGCGAUUCAUCCGCGAACAUUGGGAGAGUGUUUGGAGCGAGGGUAGGCUUGCGAAUCCUGCGCUUAGUCGUCAGCUGGCUUCUGACUUUGGGUUCCGCCCUGCGGGUCAUUGGGUUGGGCCGUCGGCCUCUGAUCUUCAUCGCGCGCUGCUGCAUUGCAAGGGUUCUGCCGGGCCUGACCAAUGGCACAGCGCUGAGGUUAAGCAUCUGCCUUUUGAUGCAGUGCAAGUUUGGUGGACGCUGACUCAGAGGUGGCUUAGGUCUGGGUCGGUGCCCAUGCAACUCACUGAGAGCAGAAUGGUCAACCUGGCCAAGGAAGGUAAGGUGUCUGGUGAUGGGUCUCUUGAUCCUGCUGCUACUCGCCCUAUUUCCGUGUUGUCGGUUUUUUGGCGUGCCUUUGCCGCUGCUCUGCUUCAGACCGAGGAUGUUCAAGAUUGGGUGAGCCAGUCUCUUGACGAGAGGGUCGCUUGCAGAAAGGCGGGUUUGACCACUGAAGCUUUGAUCGCCCGCUUACAGGCGCUGUACGCUGAUCAGGAUGGCUACAUUGUUUCCCUGGACUGGUCUGCGGCUUAUGACCGCUUGUCUCCGGUAAUCUGUUGUCAGGCGCUUACUGACUGUGGUUGGGAUCCUCGUUUCGCUACGCUGCUUCAGGCUGUUUGGGCGAAUCAGGUUAGGUGGGUUCAGUGGGGGGCUCACACCAGCCCUACUCCGCUCCCUUCUGGGCGCGCUGUUCCGCAAGGCUGUCCGAUCGCCCCGACUAUCUUAGGUUUUGUGGCUACCGCUGGCCUACGGAAGGUUGAGUCUAACCUUGGUCAUGAUGCUGAGCGUAGCUGUACUUCCAUUUACAUGGAUGACAGAACUUGGUGGGCUAAAGAUUGGCAUGAAGUUGGUCCUCGCGUCCAGGAAUGGGCUCGGUGGUCCGACUCUAUCGGUUUAAAGGAGAACAAUCGCAAGACUCAGGUUUGUGCGCGGCGCUCUUUUGACAAUGACCCUUGCCCGCCUGAGUGGAAGGUUUCUGAAGUCAAAGCCCUUGGGGUCUCUACCACGUCCAAAGUUCGUAAAUAUACGAUUGGUGAGCAGGAGAGAUUGGACAAGGCUGAGAAGGCUGCUUCGCUGUUGGUUGGUGCGUCUCUGCCUUGGACUAGGGCUGUGGAAGCUUUUAGAUGCUUCGUCUUGAGCAUUGGGGCUUAUGGUUGGGUCUGUAGGUCUCCCACCCUCACGUCCGGUGAUCGCCUCUUGAAAUCUUUCAGGCGUGUUGUUGGUGGCAAGACCCGAAUGGCUAGUAAAUGGCUUCUCAUGCUCUUUUUCGGUGGAUCGCUUCAUUUGGUGAGUGCGGUGAUCCAACGGCUGUGGGGUACACUAAGCAAGCUUGACUUACCUUGGUGCAACUCUUACGCUUCGCCUGUUGGUGUGCUUCGCAGGCAAUUGAAAGGGAUUGGUUGCAGUGAGGUGCGCCCUUGGACGUGGCGUUGUUACAGUGGUGUCGAGGUGCAACUUUUUCGGUCUUCUGACCGUCGAACACAGGGUCUCUCUGCUCAAAGGCAUGAAUUGAGAAUGCAGUUUCGGUGGCACGCUUUCGUUCAGUGGCUUCGCUGUCAAAGACAUGAGGUCACGCAGCUUUUGCAAGAUCAUUCAAAAGAAAACUUGGAACAGUUUUUUCGCUGUGUCGAUAUUGGCUUCACACGUAAGCGUAUGGAUACGGACUCUACCUUUAGGCAUGUUGCUCUGGGGGCCUCUGUGUCCCCGGCUUUGUAUGACCCCGCUUUGCAGGAUUGCCCCUUCUGUCAGGGUAGACUCAGACCGUCUUGGAUCCACUUGGUGUGGCAUUGUGAGCAUUUUCGCGACUGUAGGCCUUCUAAGCCCCGUAACCCCCUCACCGCUAGGUUUGGUUGGGCCUCUGGCCCGGCAGAUUCGGCUGUCAUGGAUCAUCUCACUAAGGUGCAGGAAGCCGUGUGGCGUCUUCGCCACGGGGAGGAGCGUUGAUGCGCAGCUAAGGACUUUGCGUGCUGAUAGCAACUCAAGGGCUACAGCACCUACAACUCCAUAUAUAUAUAAAUUCAAGCAUCUGCCGGUGCGUUCGCUGCCAUUUUGGCUGAUGGGUCUGCGGUGACCUGGGGCAAUCCAGACGAGGGUGGUGACAGCAGUGCUGUGAAGGAGCAACUGAGGAAUGUGCAGCAAGUUCAAGCAUCCGCCGGUGCCUUCACUGCCAUCUUGGCAGAUGGCCGUGCGGUGACCUGGGGCGAUCCAGAAGCUGGCGGUGACAGCAGUGUGGUCCAAGAUCAGCUGAGAGGCAUCCAGCAAGUUCAAGCUUCUCAUAGCGCCUUCUCUGCCGUUUUGGCUGAUGGGUCUGUCGUGGCCUGGGGCGAUCCUGAUUGUGGUGGUGACAGCAGUGUUGUCCAAGAUCAGCUGAGAAAUGUGCAGCAAAUUCAAGCAUCUGCCAGUGCCUUCGUGGCCAUUUUGGCUACUGGGUCUGUGGUGACCUGGGGCGAUCCAGAACAUGGUGGUGACAGCAGCGCUGUGCAAGAUCAACUGAAGAAUGUCCAGCAAGUUCAAGCGUCUUUGGUUUCCUUUUCUGCCGUUUUGGCGGAUGGGUCCGUGGUGACCUGGGGCAAUGCACGGGGAGGCAGGGGCAGUCGAGUUGUCUCAGAGAAGAUGUCGGAGCUUUGAUUAUGCGAGGUGCUGUGGUGGACGAUCAUAGACUUGCAACGCAAGCUCAUCUAGUAGCCGCAGAG